CGGGGCGGCCGCGCUCCCACCGCCUCGAGCGGCGCUGUGUAGUGAAAGUGACCGACCACCGCGGUGCCGCAGUCAGCUGUUGGAGCUCCGUGACGUCACAGCGGGUCGGGGCGGCCGCCUGUCUCGUGGAGGGACGGCUGAGGUCGGACUGACGUUAUUACUGAGAGAGCGGGCAAUGAGGACCUGAGGGGAUUACGGACCGCCGCCGCCGCCUCCGCUGCCGGCCAACACGUGUAGAAUGCCGUCGGCUGACCCGUGACCCGCGAUGGAGAGCCCAGUUUAGGGCGUGGCGAUUGUUUGCGUUCAGUGAACCUGUGCAUGUGCACAAAGAACGUUAUAUAACUAAUUACAUUGCUCCGCUAAAGGCCAGACGCCUCACAAGUCUUCGUAACAGAACCGCGACUCUCUCGCUCAUCUAGGCGACACCUCAGUUUACCCUCUAAGCGCCUCGUCAAACGUCACACCUCUGUGAUCACGAACCUGGUAAUAGCGGUGUGCCCACAAGUGUGUGUGUGCUGUUCCGCCCACAUGCGGUGCACGUACCGAGAAUAGACGGUCAGCGAGCCAGCUGGUGUGUCGGACGGAUCGAUCCGACCACCUGCUGUAAACACGCAGCGCGCGGUGUCGGUCGGGCGGUGUGGUUAGGUCAAGGUCGCGUCAUGGCAGAAAACGUGCCUCUGCUGGUAGGGGAACGAGACAGGGCUGAUGUCUACAUCCGGAAAGGGUCACGUCUCCUGCGCCGUUCCGACUCCAGCGAUGAUGAUCUCGACAAAACGAAACACAAAUACCCGAAGCCGGUGUUCUUCAUCAUCGGCAAUGAGUUCUGCGAGAGGUUCUCCUUCUAUGGCAUGAAAGCCAUCCUGACCAUCUACCUGCGGAAUGAGCUCGGUUACUCGGACGACGCUGCCACCGUGGUCUACCACACCUUCAACAUGUUCUGCUACUUCACGCCGAUCCUGGGAGCCAUCCUCGCCGACACGCUGCUCGGAAAGUUCAAGACCAUCUUCUACAUCUCGAUCGUCUACUGUAUUGGCAACAUCCUGCUCUCGCUGGCCGCCACCCCACCGCUGUACUUCCCUCAAACUGAGAUCAGUAUCCUGGGUCUGGCGCUGAUCGCUCUCGGCACAGGAGGUAUCAAACCGUGCGUUUCGGCCUUCGGAGGAGAUCAGUUCGUGCUGCCCCAGCAGGAGCUGCAGCUUCAGCAGUUCUUCUCCAUCUUCUACUUCGCCAUCAACGCCGGCAGCCUCAUCUCCACGGUGCUGACCCCGAUCCUGCGGAACGACGUGCACUGCUUCGGUAGUGACAGCUGCUACCCGCUGGCGUUCGGCGUGCCGGCAGUGCUCAUGAUCGUCGCUCUCAUUCUGUUCUUGAUUGGCAAGCCUUGGUACAAGUGCACCCCGCCGCAAGGAAACGUCAUUCUGGAGGUCGGAGGUGUCAUUACGCAUGCCGUCAGUAAGAAGGUGACGUCAUCUGAUAAGCGCGACCACUGGCUGGACCAUGCCGACGACAAGUACAGCCAGAAGCUGAUUGCUGAUGUGAAGGCGGUGCUUAGCGUGCUCUUCCUCUACAUUCCGAUUCCGAUCUUCUGGGCGCUCUUCGACCAACAGGGCUCCCGCUGGACGCUGCAGGCCACCCAGAUGAACGGCGAGGUGGGCAGCUGGCUGGUGCUGCCCGACCAGAUCCAAGUGGUCAACCCGCUGCUCAUCCUGGCGCUCAUACCCUGCUUCCAGACAUUCAUCUACCCUGCGUUCUCCAAGUGUAACCUACUGAAGAAGCCCCUACAGAGGAUGGGAGUCGGCGGCAUGCUGGCCGUGCUCUCGUUCAUUCUUGCCGGACUCGUCGAACUCAAACUGGAGAGUCAGCAGCCCGUGCUGCCCGACCCCGGCAUGGCUCACCUCCGCAUCGUCAACUCGCUCCCGUGCAGCGCGACCGUAACGCCAUCUUGGCAGUCGGAGCCGCUGGUGCUGCCCUCUAUGGAGAUCCACCGCUUCAUCGUGUCCUCUGAGACGGAGAAACUGCGAGUGGACUUUUCUGUUGGCGACUGUGCGGGUACGACUCUGAACGUGAAACAAGGCAGCCAGGAACUGGUGGUCCGGAACAUGAAGUCCUCCACUUCGAUGCUGCUGAACUCUUUUGGAACGCUGCAAUUGCUUCAAACUGAACAUCUGGACGACCUCCACAAGGAUCUCGAGAAGGGAUAUCCCAAGCUCAAGGUGUUGUACAGCAUGCCUGGCGUGAGCAACGGCAGCACAAUCCGCAUGACGGGCAACCCCGAGAACACAGUCACUUUCAAAACGGGCGCCUCGAACUUCGGAGACACCGAGUAUCAAAUAGUCUACCCGGAAGAGUACAAGGUGUUCCUGCCGCGCGCCUCUGGUGAGAUCAGCGAUGACCCGGUGACCUCUGACCUCUACCCGCGUCUCGGCGGUUCCUACUCACUGCUGGUCGUGCGGGACGAGCAGGGACACGAGUUCCAGAAGAUGUUUACGCUGACGGAGCCCAACUCCGUGCAUAUGUUCUGGCUCAUCCCGCAGUACUUUGUCAUCACCGUGGGUGAGGUGAUGUUCUCUAUCACCGGACUCGAGUUCUCGUUCACUCAGGCUCCCGUACAGAUGAAGUCCGUCCUCCAGGCCGCCUGGCUACUUACCGUCUCAUUCGGAAACCUGCUCGACGUCGUCAUCGUCGAAAUGGAAGUAUCCGACAAACAGUCACACGAGUUCUUCUUCUUCGCCGCCCUCAUGUUCCUGGACAUGCUUCUCUUCUGUUUCCUGGCUUACCGCUACAAGUACGUCGAAGACAAGGUGGAAGAUGAGCUCAGACCAGAAAAACCCGAGCAGUUUGGCCUUGACAACACGGCUUACAAUGAAGACGAAUCUACUAAAAUGUAAAAGGGGAGGUCACAUCGCUCACAGUGCCAUUGUCAAAGCGUGCGGGCGGUCUGAAUCGUCCUGAAUCACGCGGUGCCAUGUCAAAACUGGACGAGUUCACUCAGGUGCCGAGACGGGGGAGGAACCAUAGAGCCUCUCAGAGUGACAAGACAGUUUAGUGUAUGCCUACUUUGUGCCUGCAUCCACUCUGAGGUAUAAAUCAGUGGAAAUCGGCGACACCUAUUGACACUUAUCGGCAGCUGGGUGAGAGAGCGGCGGGGGUCGAAGCCUGAUGAGUGAGGUCUGCCUCCUCAGAGACCUGCUGGAGUAUAGCAGCGGAGCUGAGCCCAGCCGGUGCUCCUGAAUCAGCGAUUACUGUGAUAUACGAUUACGUACGCGGACCAUUCCGCCAAAACUUCCUAAUUUGCGAUCAUUUUUAAUGCAGCAGGCGUUUUUGUCGUGUUUUAGAUAUACACUUAAGCACUUAUAUACGCCAGAAAACGCUAUUCUUCCAACGGAAUACAUGACCAAGUUGAUAUUAGAUGGUGCGAUACCAAUCGUCAGCUAACUCACUCUCUUUUAAUGCCCGUUUGAUUUAAAAGACAGGAUCACUGAUUUCAGAAAGACCGAAUUUGAAUGAGCGUAUUUGUGUACCUGUAUUGUGCAAUUGUUUCACCAGCUGGCAGCUAUCUGAUCCAACCAAUCAAAUGUGUUUCGUAUAUGUGAGGUGCUCGCGAGGGACACGUCUUUGUAGUAGACUGAAGUCUCGUCUCUAUAGUACCAUGACAGCGUGAAUGCAGUACAAGGAGGACGUGUGAAGGUGUUUUGUGCUCCGCUUCGACCAUUCCAAUAAUAAAUAUCUAUCGACAA